AUUUCAUUUUUUGGGUUUAGGUUGUUUUUCUUCUUUCUACUCACUCAUUCAUUGGGGUUAAUUUCACACUUCAUAUCAUAUAUACUUGUCCUCAUAGUGGGAUCACCUACUUUAGUACUUUUCAAACCCCCUUCUCUCCUUGAUCCGUUCUCUCCUUUCACACGUGGAAUAACUAUGGAUCUUGAAAUUUUCAAUGGCUAAUUAUUUAUGAGCAAUUGAAGAUUAUUUCUACAUGUCUCCCUUGGAAUCUUAAUCAUGCAUCCCUUCUAUCACAUCUUUUUUCUGCCUUUAUAGUUUAUUUUGUCAAUGAAACCAAGCCACUCCCUAACUCAUACAAACCCACGUAUAGGAGUAGAUUGCUUUUCAUAAGAAAAAAAUUCAAAUGGCAUAUAGAAAGGGGAAAAACAGUAUUACUAGAGACACAAAACAUAUACUCUUUUAUCUCAUGUUCAUGAUGCAAAAGCAUUAGCAUAUAUCAAGCUCAAUGCACCCCAUGGAAAGUGUCUUCUCUCUCCCUGUAGCCGCCAGAACUGAUUUUAUCCAAUUCCUGGUGCAGUCUUUUGGCUGCAGUUACAUUUGUCUAUGGACAUGUGAUUCCAUUAAUUCACCAAAUCGUUUGUGCUUCUUGGAUGGUUUCUACAAUGUAAGAAACGACCAACCAAGCUCUACUUCGGGGACUGUGGCACAGCAACUAUUCAGCCAGUUCCGGACUUUAACAUUUGAUGUCAAUGAUGACCGUGUUCCUGGACUUGCUUUUAGAAACCAGCGUCCCUACCUAGAGCUUCAACAAUUGGAACUUCUGAGACUAGCAUCCACAGAAAUUCAAACACAAUUCUUUCAGGAGGCGAGGAUUAAGACUGCUGUUUUCAUGGGGUGUAACAAAGGGGAAAUUGAGCUUGGUUUCUUAAACAUGUCCCAAGUUGACAUUCAAACAGCACUUAGGAGUUUGUUUCCUGAAGAUUUCUCUAGACAGUCCCAACAAAUUGAUCAAAACAACCCACCUACAUCAUCUUCAUCUUCUUUGAGAUCAUUAUCCACAGGUAGCCCUGAAUACUCAUCUCUUCUGUUCAGCAUCCCAGGCACUUCUCAGACACACUUUCCUGAGACCCUUGGAAGAGUAGUGCCCCCAAUGCAGCCAGUGCCAAACACUGCUACUAGUACCAUUGAUCAAACAUUGGCACAAGUCCCUCUAACCCAAUUCCCCACACAAGAAACUGAACAUGAUGCAAUCAUGAGAGCAAUCCUCCAUGUUAUAUCUCCAACUUCUCAUCAGCAUCAUCAAAACUUGCCUUAUGUGGUGCAUCCAGAAGCUAGUGCUUUCCAGAGGUAUAGGCCAGACAUAGGUCCCAAUAUGGCGUCCAAUUUCAGAAGGCAAAGCCUGAUGAAGAGAUCUUUUGCAUUCUUUAAAAACUUGAAUUUCAUGAGAAUGAGAGAACGCAUUCAAGCAACGUCACGUCCCACUAAUACUCAGCUCCAUCAUAUGAUAUCAGAGAGAAGAAGGCGUGAGAAAAUAAACGAGAAUUUCCAAGCUCUUAGAGCACUACUUCCUCCAGGAACCAAGAAAGACAAAGCAUCUAUACUAAUAGCAGCAAAGGAGACAUUGAGCUCUUUGGUGGCUGAAGUUGAUAAACUAAGCAAAAGGAAUCAGGGCUUGACGUCACUUUUGCCAGCAAAAGAAUCUUCAACUGAAGAAACCAAGGUUGGUUUAUCAUCAAAUGAAAGAGUAAAUGUUCGACUUUCACAUGUUCCGGAAUCAAGCUCAUCAGAAGAGCGAAUGGUGGACUUGCAAGUGAAUGUGAGAGGACAAAUUUCUCAAAUUGAUUUGUUAAUUCGCAUAUUGGAAUUCUUAAAACGUUCUCACCACAUGAGCUUGGUUUCCAUGGACGCAAACACCCACAUUGCAGAAGGGAAUAAUGCUCUUCAACAACUAACCUUCAGAUUAAGGAUCAUUCAGGGAAGUGAGUGGGACGAGUCUGCCUUCGAGGAAGCAGUGAGAAGAGUGGUUGCUGACUUGGCACAGUAUCAAGUUGACCAAUAACUUUGACCAACAACAUUGGUCUUUUAUUUAUUCUGCGGCGGGUAGUGCAUCGUUGAUGAUGAUGAUGUUAUGUUAGUUUAAGUCUCUCAAAUCCAUUUAAUUCAACUGCCAUCUGUUGGUGUUAAAUGUUCGUUUUCAUAAUUAAAUUGGUUUUAUUAAGUCAAUAUAUUUACAACAUGUAUUUGUUUCAA